GGAGACAGCAACAGUCGGUGUGUCAUUGAGCAGCGACUUGAGUGAAGCAGCAUCAUGUCUGGCAGAGGGAAAGGAGGCAAAGGACUGGGCAAAGGCGGCGCCAAGCGGCACCGUAAAGUGCUCCGUGAUAACAUCCAGGGCAUCACCAAACCAGCCAUCCGGCGCCUGGCUCGGCGUGGCGGCGUCAAGCGCAUCUCGGGGUUGAUCUACGAGGAGACCCGUGGGGUACUGAAGGUUUUCCUGGAGAAUGUGAUCAGGGACGCGGUCACCUACACCGAGCACGCCAAGCGCAAGACUGUGACUGCCAUGGAUGUGGUGUACGCUCUGAAACGCCAGGGCCGCACUCUCUAUGGCUUCGGCGAACUGAAUUCCGUCAGUCGGGAAGCAAUUAAGAGAAUGGCCCGGACCAAACAGACAGCGCGCAAAUCGACCGGAGGGAAAGCUCCCCGCAAACAGCUGGCUACCAAAGCGGCGCGGAAGAGCGCUCCAGCCACGGGCGGAGUGAAGAAGCCCCAUCGCUACAGGCCCGGUACCGUGGCUCUGAGGGAGAUCCGGCGCUACCAGAAAUCCACCGAGCUGCUCAUCCGCAAACUGCCCUUCCAGCGCCUGGUGCGGGAGAUCGCUCAGGACUUCAAGACAGACCUACGCUUCCAGAGCUCGGCCGUCAUGGCCCUGCAGGAGGCCAGCGAGGCUUACCUGGUGGGGCUCUUUGAGGACACCAAUCUGUGCGCCAUCCACGCCAAGCGAGUCACCAUCAUGCCCAAAGACAUCCAGCUGGCCCGCCGCAUCCGCGGGGAGCGCGCCUGAACCCG